AUGUCGACUACUCCACCGGAAUCGGAGAUCGACCAGGAGGUUCAGGAGACCCAAACGGUCCAACUGGAGCACAAUUACCAUUUGCCCGACGUCAAACGUUUCAAGAAAAACCAAAGAGACCACCUUCGUCGUCUAGAGAUAUCCGUGCUCUUCGACCAACUUGCUGAGCUCUUGCCAUGGGGGCAAGAUUAUAGAUAUAAGAGUAUAGCCAUGAUUUUAGCUAAGGCUAUUGAAGUUUUCAGUGGAAGAGCGGCAGAGGAUGAACAGGAAAAAACUGGUGAAGAGCCGGGUGCAGCAGGGAGACAGUUGGUCUUCAGAAACAUGUACACACCGCCGCAGGAAGAAAAGCAGGGAUGA